AUGGCGAAGAGGACAAAGAAGGUUGGUAUUGUUGGCAAAUAUGGCACCCGUUACGGAGCGUCAUUAAGAAAAACAGUCAAGAAAAUGGAAGUAACUCAACACUCCAAAUACACAUGCGCCUUUUGUGGAAAGGAGGCCAUGAAAAGGACGUGUGUAGGAAUUUGGAAGUGUGUUAAGUGCCAUAAAAUUGUUGCAGGCGGAGCUUAUGUUUACAGUACUACUGCUGCAGCAACAGUGCGGAGUACAAUUAGAAGAUUACGGGAGACAAGAGAAUGA